AGUGGUACUGUUAGCAGAAAGCAUGGCGUCGGGUCACAUCAGCAGACUAGCAAACCUGUUUAACUCAGUCAACCCCAGUAAACAUAUAAAACCCUUCAGAGGAUUAUUUUUGUCAUCUGUCAACAUAUCUACUGUUGGAGGUUCAUCCAUUCACGACGACAGCAAUGUGGAAAUCGCCGUGACAUCUGAUGGAAACACAAUAGUAUGUUUUCAUCCGACAGACGACGUUCCCUAUGAGCUCACGCAGCCUAUCGUCAGACCAGACGCCAUCAGCGGUCAUGCAGAAACACAUGAACAAGUGCUCAAAGACAGACUCAGCAAAGCUGUUAUGACAGACAAAAAGGCUCCGACUAUUGAAGAACUCAGUAAGAUGUUUUACACAACCAAACACCGCUGGUACCCUGUUGGACAAUUUCACAGCAGACGCAGGAAACUAAAUCCACCUAAAGACCGAUAGAUCUGGAUUUGAUUGUGUAUUUCUGUAUUCUUGUACAUGUACUGACUCAAUAAACCCUUUGUUUAGCUGUUGCUGCAGA